AUGGCUGAAACCGAAAAGCGUAACGUGGUGCUCGACCACAAUUACGACGGGAUUCAAGAGUACGACAAUCCAUUGCCGGGCUGGUGGAACUUGAUGUUCGUCGGUUCUGUCGCCUUCAGUCUGCUCUACGUUCUAUUCUACGAGGCCGACAUUCCUGAUCGUUCGGUGUACGCCGGUUACGAUCGCGCGGUGGCAGAAAACCUCCGCCUGCAGUUCGGCGAUAUGGGCGAGCUUGAGCUAACGGGACAAACCAUUGGCCAGUACAUGCAAGACGAGAAGUGGCUUAAAGUGGGCGAGAUCGUCUUCAAAACGAACUGCGUUUCCUGUCACGGAGUAAAUGCCGGAGGUGUGGUUGGCCCCAACCUAACGGAUGACUAUUGGAAGCACGUGCGGAACCUCGAAGACUUGGGCCUCGUAAUACGGAAUGGGGCAGCCGGCCAGGCAAUGCCGGCUUGGAAGAACCGCCUGCAUCCCAACGAGCUGGUGUUGGUCUCGUCCUAUGUCGCCUCGCUUCGCGGCACGAACGCCCCAGGCAAGGGCGAAGAAGGCCCCAAGAUUCCCCCGUGGGAUAUCCCUGCGGCAACUGAUAGUGAUGCAGCCGGCGAUGAGGCAGAGGCUGACGCAGGCGAAUCUGCUGAUACUCAAGAAGCGGCUGAAGGCGAAGAGCCGAAGGACGAAGCAGCUUCUGCGGAAGAAACACCGCCAACCGAGGGCGAGCAAGCAAGCGAAGCCGACUCGCCCCAGACAGCAACUGUGAACGAAACACUUAUCAACCCCGAAGAAAAGGUCCUUUCCACACUCAACCGUGAUGGCUCGCGAAACUGGCUUCGCCCCCUGCUCUCCAAGGGCCGCUACUGGCGAGCCCGACAGGCCGUGGCCUACUUUCUGAUGGUCGUGUUCGUGGCCAUCCCUCAUAUCACGAUCAACGGCAAGCCAGCCAUCUUGCUCGAUAUCACGGCCCGAGAGUUUACGAUCUUGGGCUUUACCUUCUUGCCGACCGACACGCUGCUGCUGGCGUUCUUCAUGCUUGGCGUGUUUCUUACCAUCUUUCUUCUCACGGCCCUGGUUGGUCGUGUGUGGUGCGGCUGGGCCUGCCCACAAACGGUCUACAUGGAAUUCCUCUUCCGCCCGAUCGAACGACUGUUCGAAGGGACUAAGGGGCGUGGAGGCGCCUCGCGACGGGGCGUUGCGGGCUGGCGACACGUGGCCAAGCUGGGCGUGUACCUCAUCAUCUCGAUGGUUCUGGCCCAUGCAUUUCUGGCUUACUUCGUCGGCGUCGAACGGCUCUCGCAGUGGGUUCGCCAGUCACCGCUGGAGCACCCAGUUCCAUUCCUGGUGAUGGCUGUCACCACCGGGCUGAUGAUGUUCGACUUCAGCUUCUUCCGUGAACAGCUCUGCUUGAUCGCCUGCCCUUAUGGCCGCUUUCAGUCGGUUUUGCUCGACCGCAAAUCGCUCAUCGUGGCCUACGAUAUCAACCGCGGCGAACCUCGCGGCAAGCGUUCAAAAGCUCACGCGGACGAUGAUCACGGCGACUGCAUCGACUGCCACCUGUGUGUGAAGACCUGCCCGACGGGGAUCGAUAUCCGCAAUGGCCUGCAGAUGGAAUGCGUCAACUGCACGCAAUGCAUUGACGCUUGCGACUCGGUGAUGGACAAGAUUCACCGCCCUCGGGGGCUUAUUCGCUACUCGAGCCAAGAUGCGAUCGAAGGCAAGAAGGCCUCGUUCUUUCGCCCUCGCGUGAUCAUCUACCCGUUGGCGCUCAUCGCGGCGAUCUCUGCGUUCGGCUUCGUACUGAUGGGCAAACAGUCGUUCGACGUGACUCCCCUGCGGAAUCUUGGCAGCCCAUUUAUGAAAACCGCCGAUGGCCAGAUUCAGAACUCGCUGCGGUUCAAACUGGUGAACCGUUCCAAUGAAGCUCUCACGUUUCACUUCGCCCCAGUCGGGCGGGAUGACAUCAGCCUGAGCAUCGGCGAUGAGGGCGUUGUGGUCGAGCCCGGCACCCCGGUCAUGCAACCCAUUCUGGUAACCACCCCCAGCGACGUGUAUCGUCGAGGGAAGCUGGAGGUGGAUAUUCAAGUCUCCAACUCGCGUGGAGAGGAUAAGGUCGUACCAUGUCUACUGCUCGGCCCACUAUAA